UUUUAAUAAUUAUAAUACAAUAUAGCUUAUUAAUUCAGUAUCAAUCAUAAUUAUCCAUACAAUUACAUUUUGCAAUAUAUUGUUCCAUCAAAUUACCGUUACUACAUAAUCUGUACCUUUUCAAAUUAGUUUCAGAGAGUCUCCUUUUGCGGUCAGUUUCUGAGGGAGUUGCUGUGUCGGUCAGCCUCAAGGUAGGGGCCCAAUCUGGGUUGGUUCUGUCAUACAAGUCUGCAGGUUUGCCUACAACCAAGGGUGUAGGAAUGAACUAAACAUGGGGGGGGAGAUUUGUCUUACAUUUGUUGAGGCUUUUCUUAUAAAGAUUUUUAACAACUGAUUUGGUUUUUAAAUAUAAAUGUGAACUAACAACAAGACGUUAUAAGCCAGCCAUAUUCAUGACAACAUUCCCUACAGACAGUUUUAGCUCAUCCAGAGGUCUGAUCAGACUGCAGGUGAUGACGUAGCCUCCCCCGUCCGUCCCGCUCAGAGCAGCUGAGGGAGGGGCGAGGCAGUGACAUCACGCUGCGUUGCGCUUUCACAAUAAAAGCACAGGAGCUAAAGAUUUCAAAAUCAAGUAUUUUUCUCCUCCGUGGUAUAAUUUUUGGGGGAGACAAAUGCAAAGUUUGUUCAUCUUCACUUCUUCCGAUUCUCAGUAUGCAAUGAAAGUCUUUAGAAAAAACGUUUCGUGUCAAAUGAUUUAAUAGAAGAUAAACCUUCUUUGUUCAUUGUUGCAUUAAAAUGUUGUUAUUUCAAUGCUUUUUACCCUUCCUGGCAACUUAAGUACAUCUUCAUCACGUCUCUGAAGGAGGUUUGUCAAUAACUUGAUGAAAGGUGCCCAAUUCAUCGGUUAGUAUUAUCUGUCAAAACUUUAACAAUCAAAUAAUUAAUAACAUCUCAUAACAGUUCAUGGGAACUAACAAAUGUUUCACAGUUUUUAAUAAUGAAAGAGUUAACUGAGCUCUCUGUCUAGAUACAGAUCAAGGCGGGGCAACAACAAGCUAAAUGCCAACAGUUUUUUCCGGUCUCAAGGUUGUUUGCUCCCCGAUCUUCUCCCCCUCCUUCCCCGUCAUGGCUGCUCCGUUUCGCGCUGUGGUCUCCGCUCAGUGGCUGUCAGAAGCGGUCAAAACCAAACUCGUAGGUCCAAAACUCCGUAUUCUGGACGGGUCCUGGUACCUGCCGAAAAGCAAGCGGAACACCAGAGAGGAGUUCGCUCAGAAGCACAUACCGGGAGCCUCGUUUUUCGACAUAGAUGAAUGCUGCGAUAAGAGCUCCCAUUAUGACCACAUGCUGCCGACUUCCAGCGACUUCUCCCGGUACGUUGGAGACCUCGGCAUCGGGAACGACACCCACGUCGUCGUCUACGACACCAGCGACUUCGGCUCGUUCAGCGCGCCUAGAGUGUGGUGGAUGUUCCGGGUGUUCGGACACAGUUUGGUGUCGGUUCUGGACGGAGGCUCCAAGAACUGGCUGGCUGACGGUCACCCGGUGACCUCCGACUACAGCAAGCCGGAGCGGAGAGACUUCCAGGCGAGCCUGAACCAGUCCUGGGUGAAGAGCUUUGAAAAUGUGCUGGAGAACAUCAAGACCAAGCAGGUCCAGGUGGUGGACGCCAGGUCUGCUGGCAGGUUUCGGGGUACUGACCCAGAACCCAGAGAAGAUAUUCUCCCAGGACAUUUCCCUGGAACCAUAAACAUGCCCUUCACAUCUUUCCUAGAUUCCUCUGGAAAGCAUCUCGGCACCGAGACCCUGUCCAAACUCUUCAAGGAGGCUGGAGUGAACCUGGAGAAGCCUCUCUGGGCUUCCUGUGGUUCUGGAGUCACAGCUUGUCAUGUUAUUCUGGCAGCUUACCGACUUGGGUACUCUGGGCUUGGUCUUUAUGAUGGAUCCUGGGGAGAAUUUUUCAAAAGAGCCCCUCCAGAGUACAUCAUUGCAGAGGAGCAGGGAAAGAUGGAGUGAUAGCCAGCUGCUAUCAGGGUUAGGUCACUUUUGAGGAUGCACCAUGGUUUUUGCUUGCAAAAGAUAGUUUAAAAUCAUAUUGUGUGCCUCAUAUUGUGGUGAUAUUGCUAAGAUUGAUGUGACCACUGUGAAAGGCUUUAAACAUGAAACUACAAGGAAUUAUAAAAUGCGAUGAGUACCUAAACAAGAAAAGACACAAAUUUGAAGAGCUGUAUAAGAAAUAAGUUCAGAGAACUUGAUGCUGUCCCAUGCAAAUAUAAGUUUAAACUUAAACUGUGGAUCUAAUCUACUUUUCAUUUUGCAAUCUAAUAUGGAAUAAAGCAAAUUGAUUCAUAUUACAUAUAAAUAUAUAUACAAAAUGAAAUUAACAUGUACAUGAAUACUAAAGAAAAAACUUCAUAGAGUAGGUCCAAUUCAAUAUUCCAGGCUUCCAGAACGUAUAAUGCAUCAUUGCUUAAUAAUGUAAAAAAGAACCGAACUGCCUUAAAUAUGUAUUAUUUGACAAUUGUUUGUUAAAUGUAAUGUUACAAUGUGAACUUAUUACUUGUAAACAAUGUUUAUGGUCUCUGCUGCACAAAUUUUCAUAGGCCAAAGCAUCAAAGCUGUUAAAACUCUAUUUUCUUAUGUAAUUGUUAUUAAUAAUAAAAUGCAAUGCAAGA